GUGUCUGAAUCCUCACCACGCUUAGGCGGUGGAUUGAACAGAAUAUAACAAUAAGAGCGAUUCUCGCAAUCUUCACCUCCCUGUAGGCUGGCUUGUACAGACCACACAACAAUAAUGGUGAGUCAUCAAAUCUUCACCACGCGCUACACGUGAGUGGAACACAAUCUACAGUAGCAACAGCACUUCUGUGACCCCUCCCCACGCUGUAAACUGUUGUGUACGACUCUACAGUUCCCCGACAGUUUGAGUGCAUCACUCAGGUCUCUACACAUGUUGCUCUCUACACGUGUUGCUCACACUUCACCUUCACGGAGACUCGAAACAAUAAAAGCCUGACAGUAAAAGCUCACUCUCGCAGUUUUAUUUCUGGCCUGGCAAGAUGGCCAGGUGGUCAGUGCGCAUGUACCUGCUGAUCCCAGUCUUGUGUGGGUGUGCUCAGUCCAGCACCCUCCGGGACAUAGUCCUGUACCGGCUGUUGCCAUUUGUGGAGCAGAGGUCUCCCGAAGGUGACGGCCCUUCUACCAUCAGCACGAGGAUCUCAGUAACACCAUCACUUGCGACAUCAGUGAUGACCACACCAACAUUACUUACCACCUCAUUAGACGAUGAUAUCGAGGUUGUCCUUGUUGAAGACGGCAGAUCGUCCUCCAAGCCGCCAACAUCACUUGCCGCUUCGCUCAUCAGAGAAGGCGUGGUUUCUGAUAUGAGAGGGGGCGUGGUCUUCGACACCUCAGAGGGCGUGACCUCAAGCAGUGCACGCGCACUCUCGCAGCCCCCACGUGACGGAAACGUUUCUCACCCACUGCUCAUCUCCUCCACCACAUCAUCAGCAGUCGCAUCGCCAGCGCCACCCGCCACCUUGCAAGGCAACGACAGCAAUGACCCGCUCUCUGCCACAGAAAGCCCAGAGUCCAUCCCACCUCUGCUACCCGGAUACCUCACACAAACUUCACACGGGUACUUCAACGACUCGUUCGGGUGCCGUGUGCUAGAAACCGCGGCUACCUGGCUACGUCACCCGGGCAACUGCUCCAGAUACUUUGUUUGUAGGGGAGGACAGGUGCAAGAAAUGCCGCCAUGUGACGCUGGCCAGGUGUUCUCCAUUAGAACAAAGAGAUGCGUACCACCGCACACCUUGGACGAUGACUGCGAAGAAAUGUUCUUCAGCUUCCCAACACCACUCGCCCCUCCCAGCACCUCGCAACUCAGCGGCACACUACUCUGGCAUCAACAGUACUCACAGGAAAGGGACGCAACUCCCCGCAUAGUGCUUCAACCAACACCAUUAAUGGCGGUGUCUACAGCGGAGGCGUCUACCGAAAACAACUACGACUCAUCCAAGCAGACGAGUGUUCAAUCCACCCGUGUGUGUGGUCCACUACAGAAAGGGGUGUAUCCGCACCCUGACAACUGUGCCUGGUUUUACAACUGCUCUGUUGCCCCAGACGCCGUGAUGGACACGUACUACGGCGGCUACGUCAUGGAGUGCCCGUACCCACAACUGUUUUCUCUGACGUCACUGCAGUGCGAGGACUUUGAGGACGUUGAGUGUGGCGGACGAUACGAGCCGGUCUCCCCCUGUGACUACCGCGCCAACCACUGCCACGAGACGUCUCACUGCAUCCCGUGCUGGGUCCGCUACGCCACGUGCCAGGGUCAGCAGGACGGACUCAAUCCCUGGCCGGAACUAGAGUGGCGCCCCUUCUUCGUGGAGUGUUACCGCGAGAGGACAGUCUUUCAAGGUUCGUGUGACAAGUCUUCUGUAUUCUCUCCCUUGACGAGAGCCUGCGAGACACCGUACAGCAUUCCGCGAGAACACGGUGGAUGGCGUCCCAGUUGCCAGGGACGCCUGGACGGAAAAUAUCCGGACGAACACGGCCGCUGUGAGUCCUUCUACACCUGCACGAAGCAGAUCUUCACCGGCUACUACAACUGCCCGCCAUCUCUACUAUUCGACCACGUUACUGGCUCCUGCCAGAGUCGCUGGAAAGUCCACUACCCAUGUGGAGACAAAGACAUUCCCAACGUGUGCCGGGGGAAAGCAGAUGGCCAGUACCUGGAUGGGUGGGGGCGCUGCACUCACUACUACACGUGCAAAGAGGGCACGUUUCAGGGCAUGUCCUUGUGCCCCGAUGGCGUCUUCAACUCGCGCACCCGCAUGUGUGAUCGGUCAGCGGAUAUGGCCAGCCCCUGCGGCACCCUGCCCAACCCCUGUCUUCACAAGACCAAUGGCUUCUACUCGGUCACUCAGUCCUGUAGGGAGUACUACCUGUGCGACAACGGCCUGCAGGUGGCAGUGUUCUCGUGUGAAGACAACACCGUCUUCAAUGAGGUCACCCAGUCCUGUGGUGAUGUCACCGAGACACCUCCACCGUGCGGCCUGGCGCCGUGGUGUGUGGGGCGACCUGACGGGCGGUACCCGGCCCUGGGGCUGGGGCUACACGUCUUCUACACCUGUCUCAACGGCUCCUACACCGGCCUGACGCUCUGCACGCACACCACAGGUGGGCUGGCCUACAGCGCCCUCCGCCGGCAGUGCAGCAGUCCAGCAUCCGUGUGCAAGGAGAUGCUGGGGGACUCCGACCUUUGCUAGACGCACGCUCGCACCCACACCACCACACACAUACAGACAGGCGUGCGCGCGAGGAUCAAAUAACUGGCAAAUUUAAAUAAGAUUCUGUUGAGUGUGUAAAGGAUGUAUGAUUAUAUUGUUUAUAUAUAUAUAUGUGUGUGUGUGUGUGGAUUUGAUCAUCUUAUGUGUUAACUCUAUAUUACAAACCUAUGUUGGAACUAGCUUUCGAGCUUUAUGCCUACCCAUGCCACAAUAAUGAUGAAAUCCAUAAUUUUCUGUUCAAAGUUAGGAGACAAUAAUUGUAAAUUAUACGGAGACAAUAACUGUAUAUUAUAUGGAGACAAUAACUGUAUUUUAUAUGGAAACAAUAAUUGUAUAUUAUACUGAGAAAAUAAUUGUAUAUUAUUUAGAGACAAUAAUUCUAAAUUAUAGAGACAAUAUUUGUAUGUGUACACAUACGUUUUAUCUAGACUAGUCUUAAUGCUGAUAUUUCAACCACAUUUAAAGUCAACCCUCUUUUGCAAAUGUAUGUCUAUCACUUUCUUUCCACUAAAGCUAUCAUGUGUGAAACUGAAGACAAACUUGGUAUAAAAAAAACAAGCCAGGUGGCCCAUGACAUUUGCGACCAAACUUAGCGCCAGUGCCAGUGUGUCACUGACAGUUGUCAGCUUUUCCCUCCGCUACAAGAACUGCAGGAGAAUAGAGCUGGAGCUUUGCUGUCGCCUACUGACACAAUGGUGAGGACUGUCUGAUGACAGCAGUGAUGACUACCUAGUGACAAUGGUGAGGACUGUCUGAUGACAGCAGUGAUGACUACCUAGUGACAAUGGUGAGGACUACCUAGUGAUCUAGUGACAAUGGUGAGGACUGUCUGAUGACAGCAGUGAUGACUACCUAGUGACAAUGGUGAGAACUGUCUGAUGACAGCAGUGAUGACUACCUAGUGACAAUGGUGAGGACUGUCUGAUGACAGCAGUGAUGACUACCUAGUGACACAGUGACAAUGGUGAUGACUACCUAGUGACAAUGGUGGGACUACCUAGUGACAAUACCAAAGACUGGUUAUUCAAUGACAAUGCCCGAAACCCUUUGAUGACAAAUAACAACGAGAACUGGCCAAGACUAGCGCAGUACUCACAGAGGUCUGAUGUACCCACAAUACGGUGACAGCGCGUGCCUGCUGCUCACGUGACUACAGUGCACGAACACUUGAGGACACACACAAGACCCGCCACACGGUAAUCUGUACACUUGAAAGUGUUCAGAGACAGAAGCCGUUAUUAAGUCAUCUGUGUAAUUGAGAGUGACGGAAGCUACCAUACAGUAAUCUGUACACAGAGAGACAGAGACAGUAGCCGCAUGCAGUAACCUGUACACGAGAGAGACAGAGACAGUAGCCGCAUGCAGUAACCUGUACACGAGAGAGACAGAGACAGUAGCCGCAUGCAGUAACCUGUACACGAGAGACAGAGACAGUAGCCGCAUGCAGUAACCUGUAUGUUUGAUAAAGAAUUCUUGUUAUACCAACGCUGUGAACAUACUGAACAAGUCUCGUGAAGAGUAAGAAUUAAGCUUCUAGAG